UUUGCCUCGGCUUGUUUUGCUUUAACUUGGAAAGAAAAAAGAAAAAAAGCAUUAGCAUCUUUUGCUUCUUUUAGUCUCAUUUAAAUUUAAGCUUGGAAAAGUCCUUCCUUCCUUCCUUUUAUUUUAUUAUAUUCCUUUUGUAUUUUUAUUGUUACUUGUCUAUAUAUUCUACCGAGCGGCGCGCAUACACUUGAACAAGCAAGCAGGCGCUGUUUUUCUUUUUUGGUUAAUUUAUAGUUGUUUUUUAGCACAGAGGAGCGCAAAGCAAAACGGGAGAACAGGAGCAUACAAUUUUACCAGCCACACUUCAGACUCACAGCCUUGCAACUUCACAACUUCACAAUUUCACAAUUUUACAUGACUGGCGGCGGACACCAGCGUACAAACGGUAUGGACUUUGCAAUUCACUCUUCGGCGCGGGCUGUCGCGGCAGCAGGUUCAUCGGGAUCAUCGAUGGGGGCCCCAGGCACAGGGUAUUCGGCAGCGGCGACAUCGGCAGCAGCCACGGGAGCAUCGUCGCAUGCGCACAUGGAUAUGCUGACCGAUGACCAGAAGCGAAUACUGAAGCGCAAGAUUGAGCAGCUGCGAGCGCUCGAACAAGGCGCGCAGAAGCUUAUCAACUCGACCACGCGCAUGAGCUGGGACAUGAUCAAAAAGGCGAGCAAGAAAAACUGGUCGUCGACAAAGGGCCGUGGCAACCGCAAGGCGCCCGUGGCGCGCAGGCUGGACGCCGAGGUGCUGAAGAAAUUCGGCGUCUACCCGCAGCUGCAAUUCCCCGUGCUGGCCACCUGCGACUCGUGCGGGAGGCAGGUGAAUGCGCAUUUCCUCAAGGAGCACCAGGAACUCAAUUGCUCCGUGUCGACGGUCAAGCGCGAGGACAAGCGCACGGCCGCCAUCCGCGCAAAGGAGCGCGAGCGCGAGGAGAAGGAGGCGCGCAGAGAGGCGAAGCGCAACAAGGAGGCGCGAGCGGCGCAGGGCCAGGCGGGCCAGGCGGGCCAGGCGGGCCAGGCGGGCCAGACAGCAGCAGCAGCACCCAAGGUCACCAAGAAAGAGCGGCUGCGGCUGGAGAAGGAGCAGAAGGAGCGCGAGCGGCUCGAGCGCAAGCAGCAGAUGCAGGAGGAGAAGGCGCGCAAAAAGCAGGAGAAGGACCUGAAGCGCGAGCGCGAGCUGGCCAAGGCGCGGCUGCCCGUGGAUCUGGACAAGCAGUGCGGCGUCCUCACGUGCAAGACCCACUCGAUGGCCAUGAAGAGGGCGGUGCACGGGCGGUCCAAGCUCUUCGAUGCGCUGCUGCAGGCGCACUUGGCCAAGUCGCGCAGUGCGGCGGCGGCCAAGAACGCGGCCAUUCGGGGGGCUGGUGGGCACGGCGGAGGCGCUGCCGCCGCGCUGUGCGGAGAUUUGGCUGUUGAGGAGGAGGAGGAGGAGGAGCUGGGGUCGGACGAGGAGACCGAGAAGGUGCUGAGCGCCGUCGCGUGCAGUAGGGGCAGGCCGCUGGCCGUGAGGCCGACGAUGCUGCCGAGGAGGAGACACCACUACUUGCGCGUGCGCGACUUGUUCUUUGAUGCGCUCAAGUCGCCGACGACGAUGGCAAUGGCGAUGGCGAUGAAUGGCGCGGCGGAGGCUGCGGCCGCUGCUGCCGAGUGAGUCCCCGGCGGCGUGAACGGGCGUGCUUGGCCUGGCCGGCGUGGCCCGGAAUGGCGUGCUUUUUAACGAGAUUUCCCCCUUCUCCCCCGAACCCUUCCCGCAUUUUUCUUUUAUUUCGCCCUUUUUCUCUUUCUGUCGUGUGUAUGUAUUAUUUACUGCUGGCCCUCUCGCC